CGCUGAAAAGCUUUAAAACUCCCCUGUCAUUCAUAAUUUUGACAUGUUUAAAAUCAAUGCGGACUCAAGAAAACAAAUGAACUCUGAUUGUCAUAAAUAACUUUGAUAAAUCCUCACUUAUUUUAUCUUGCUACAUAUUUAUAUCAGUGAUCCCUCGGACUUCCUCAAUGGUAAACAAAUGUCAAGAUGGCGCCUCGAAGUUUCCCAGAUGAAAUUGAUGUGUUCGCUGGACCCCACACGCGUAUGAAGGAACUGGUGAAUAUCUAUACUCAAAAGGUCCAGUGUUUAAAUUUUAGAGAUGGCAGGGAAGUUAUUUCCCUUCUCCAUGAUCUUGGCACCACAUUGUACGAAUUCAAGUCUCAUGAAUCCAUUGAAAAUAUAUUUAUCAUGGAUCAGCUCAAAAAUAGGUUGAAGCAGCGACAGAUAUACAACUCGGCUGUGUGUGACUGUCACAAUGACAACAGACUUGCUGAUGUCCUCCAGCUUGUCCGCACUGGUACCCAAGUUCGAGAGCAGGGAAUGGGUGAACGCAUAAGUUUUUGUCAAGAACUUCAGCGAGCCUUUGAAGAAUUUGUUGAAAAUUUUUUGUCUCACAUGGAGGAAGAAGAACAAGUGUUUCAGCCUUUAUUGGUCGAGUACUUUGAGUAUGAUGAAUUGAAAAUCCUGAAGGAUAUUGUCCUCAAAGAACACGAGCACGUUAAAGAGAGACAUAGCUUGGAAAAAGCACACAACGAAGAACCUGAAACAUGUGGGGUUGUUAAGGAACUGCGGGAUCUUGACUGGGACUUGCACUGUUUUUCGGAUGAAUCUCUGGAAGAGGGCAUUGAUUACUGUUCCCAAUUCAGCCGCUGUGAAUCGGUGGAAGAGACCAUUCCAGUAAACAAUGAAGACCUUUACCUGGAAGAGACAUGCACUGAACUAGUUUUGGCCUCAUCUGAAGAUACUGAGGCUCCACAUCUUCCUGCUGAAAUAUUAUUUAAGAUACUGAGGCAGCUCUCUCCUCAAGAUUUAGGUCGAUGUGCUCAAGUUUGCACUUCAUGGAAUGAUGCUGUUUACUCACCAGCGCUAUGGAAGGCAGUCUACCCAGUUCAGUGGGCCAGAGGCAUCUGGGAGUGGUAUGAUGUGGGUUUAUGCAGGGCCUUGGAAGAUGCUGCUCACCAGAAGUUAUCAAACGAUUGUGACAGAUGGGAUGAGGACAAGGAUAUAGAUGAAGCUGAAGAAAUGAGAAAUCCUUUGGCAGAAAAAGAAAACUUUGUUUUAGAAGAGUUAGUGAACUGGGUUUUACCACGUGUGGGUCAUGGUGUCGUUACUCUUGUGGUGGAUGCAGGAACAGGAAUUACAUCAAGACUUUUGCAUCAUGCCAUUGCUCUCUGUCCUAAUAUGACAUUUUUCUCUGCUGCUCACACACAAGUUGAUUAUUAUUUAUUCAAAAGCUUAUGGCUCCAAGGUGCUUUACAAAAACUCCAACAUUUGGAUCUGCAGGGUUGUGAAUUAAUUGAUGACGAUGCUUUGGAAUGUUUAGCACAGUGUGCAGCUCCAGACAAUCCAUACCUUGGCCAUGACCUUGACAGAGAGGAAGAAUUAUGUCCAAAUGAAAGAUUUAGGGAUGAGUCGUGGAAAGUUAAUACUUGUGAUCCUGUUUUUAAAUACUGUGGCUAUUGCACCUGCUGGCGGGCAAAUUUAGUUGCUCCCAAAUCCAGCAGUUCAUACAGGAAUUUGUUUUCCAAAAAUAGACAUAGAAAGCCUGCCUGUUCAGAUUUACCUGAUGACAAGCAACACACUUCAGCUCUUAAUUUGAGCCGCCCUAGACAAGAGUGUGAAAGCUGGGGACUUUCACCAUAUCCACAUAGUUCAUCCAGACAGGAGGUAUUGAAACCAGAAAACGACAUUGAGGAAAUUUGUUGCCGUCCAGGAAAUCAUUCCUUACAAAACAGUGGCCAGCGGAACAGUUCCUGUAAAAUGUUCACUGUAAGUGACAGUGGUGAAGUCCUUGAGUAUGAGAAAAGACAGAGAAAUGUCCAUGUUUUGGACACUGAAGGUGAUUAUAGUAGGUUUCAGCUUUUGUACCUGAAUUUAUCUGGAUGCUGGAGAGUAACGGAUGAAGGUCUUUUGGCACUGGUGGAAGCUAAGGCUGUUGAUAGGUUGUGUCAUCUUGAUGUCAGUGGUUGCUUUCAGCUAAGUGGAGAAGGGUUGCAAAUGUUUGCAUAUGACAGCAGAGCUCUUAAGGCAGAGAAUCUGUUUUACUGUGAUAAUAUUUCAGAUGGUCCCUACCCUACUAGGGCUAAUGGAUGUGCUAAUUUGUGCAACCCAGUCAGAGUGUGUUGUAGAAGUGGGAGGUAAGUUUUCCAUCAUCGGAAUUCUGUUCAGUCAGUCACUAACAUAAAAAAUUAUGUGUACAUAACUCUUAUUUUACCUGGAGCUUGAUUUUUUGCGUUAACUUGCUGUCUUGUAGUAAAAAUGGCAGAUAUGGAUGCAUUUCUUUAUAUUCUCAAACAGACUACAAAUGCAUCCAAUUAUGGAAAGGAAGUUCAAUGAAAAGUGCUAGUCAACAACAGUUUUGUCUUAAAGGUAUGUUAAAAGCUCAUGCACACACUUUAGUAUUCAGAAGUAAAAAAGUAGCAUCAAGUGGAUCAGAAAUUAGUGUGCACAUCCAGCGUAUGUUCACACAGCCAAAAUUAGGAGAAUGGUUGUGCAGUGUUCUCUCACAUAUGCAGCACUAGUUACUAUAUUAUGUGCAUCAUGCCGAAUUCAUUACUUGUACCUGUAUUAGGAUUUUUCAAGAUAUAUCCAUAUGCUUAACAAACUAGUAUCAAACCAAAACAAUACAAGUCUGCUUUUCCCACGGAACUGUUUUAUUGUAUUUUGAGAGAUAUAAUAGUAAGAUAUUAAUAACCUCACAUUUGGAUUCAUCCAAGUUUAAUUUGCUUGUGAAUUUGGAAAGGUGUUUGUUGUUAGAAUUUUUAGUAUGCUGAAUAGUUUAUUAAACAUAAAUGACAAUCACUGCAUACAGCUCAAAAGUAAAUUGUAGUAGUUUUCAGUUGUACUCAGUUGCAUUAUACAUAAUAAUACAAUGCCAUUAUGCUAAAGUCCAAUAUUGGACAGGUUCCCAUUUGAUUAGAGUACUGCAGGUUAAUCAUUAGCACUGCAUUUCUUUUCUUCAAUUUGAUUCUCCUCUCUAAAAGUCGUCAUUUCGUCUAUUGGCUGUGAUUUAACAUACCAAGGCAUUGGCCCUCACAUUGUAGAAAUAGUUGGGGAAACUUGUAUAUAUGUAAAUAUUUACAUUAAUAAAUUUGCCUAAAUAGUAGUUUUAAAAAAACAUGUAAUUGAAAUGCAAGGAAAUUCUGGCAGUUUGAUUUAAUGUAAUAUUUUACAACACAGGUGGUGUGGCUGAUUAUUCAGGCUUAGACAUAGGAUCUUAAAACAUAUUUAAUCUAAAUGUAAAUCCAUCCAUGCUAAGUUCUGCAUGUUAAAAACUCAGAAGGCUGCUUUUACAGUCGAUGUUGAAAAUGUAGUCUUUGAAGCUUGUCAAGCUGCAUUACCAAUACUCGAUUGUGAUUGACGUCACUAGAGAGUGGUCAGAAUUUGCAAAUGAGGUACUGGAGAGUGGUCAGAAUUUGUAAAUGAGGUACUGGAGAGUGGUCAGAAUUUGUAAAUGAGGUACUGGAGAGUGGUCAGAAUUUGUAAAUGAGGUUCAGGUCUUGAAAACCCAAAAAUACAAUUGUCAAACUAUAAAACAUAUUUUUGUUUUUCUAAUAUUUUUGUGCAUGAACAAAUUUGUUUUUGAGGCAUAUUAACAAGGUUUCCUUAAGAAACCAUGGCAGCCAUUUCAUUAAAAUUGCUUGCGAGUAAAAAAUUUCAGAAGGAAGCAUUAUACUCAAAAUGUUGCUGUGACCUACUGUACUUAUUAUUUUUUUUUUUUAAAUUCAGUAUUUUUAUGCAUUUGCUUAUAUGGUUAUAGCUACUAUUUUCAAAUAUUGUCAUUUGACAUUUUCCAUGAUCUUUGUUGCUUGCGAUAUUUUUCAAGUCUAUAUCUCUCAUUUUAGAUCAAGAGCAGAAUAUUUUAGGAAGUAGUGAAGGCACAGAUGUGGUUGUUCUGAAAACACUGACGUAAUGUUUAGAUUUGCAUUGCUCUAUUUUAUCUUGGCAAGCCAGAAUAUAUUAUUCAGAGGUUAAUCGUAGAAGUAAAAGCUUUGUUAAACUUUCUCUUGGAAAUGGAUUCAGCUAGCACUAAUAAAUAAAACUGGACUGCUAGAACAAAUUUACUGUAAAGUCAUGUAAAUAAUGUAUAGUUUUCAAAACUGCUUCACAAACAAGCGUCACAAUUAUGUGACGAAGAGACAACAGGUGAAUAUUACCUGGUGUAAAGUUUGUAUUGACCAUGCUAGGUUUUACCUUAAAUGUUAGGGAUAUUUUAAGGCUUUUCAGAGUUGUGGCAGUUAAGAGUCCUGUAAAUAGUGCAUUAACCUAUCAACCUUUACUGUUUUGUACGUGCUAAAAUACUGUAAUGCACAUUCAUAGUGUAUUUAUCCACAUAAUGUAAAGGCAUGAUAUCGGCUUAAAAAUGGAUAUGGUUUUAUUUUAUUUGGCUUUGCUUUUAAAUAUCAAAGUAAAAAUAUAGACACCUGCCUAUUAAACUAAGCAGGCUAUUUGACACAUUUAUCUUGUAUUUGCAUCAUUUCUCACCUGUUUAUACAUCAUUCAAAGAAUAAAAGUUGUAUUUA